AUGGAGAAGACCUUGCAUCCGCUGAACACUUUGUGCCGGGCAUAUAUCUAUGCCAUCCACUGUUACUUCUUGGAGAUACUCUUCACGGUCAUCAUCCUGGACCAGGACUGGACGUUUCAUGGGCUGACCAGUCUGGGUUCCCUCUUCAUCUAUGGGACCUGCAGCUUGGCCAUUGAGCAAAUCCAUCUCGUCCUGAGAGGGGACUGUUGCUUGCUCACCCGUUGCACCCUUUAUACCCUCUGCAUCUUCCUCUGGCAGUUCUCCACCGGUUACGUCCUCCAAAUCUUCAACGCUUGCCCCUGGGACUAUGGCCAGUUCCGCUACAGCUACAAGGGCCUUAUCGCUCUCGAACACACCUUGAUCUGGUUCGUGAGCUCUCUCUUGCUGGAGCGGCUGGUGAUCCGGAACACCCUCCGUCUCCGGUUGGAGGAGCCCUGGAAAGCCAAGGAGCGUUCCAUGCCCAAAUUUGAACUCAAAGAUGACUGA